AUGGAUAAAAAUAGAAUAUUAGCUACUGAUGAGGAGGGCGAGAGCAAGGACUGGAUUAAUGAGUUGCCAGAUUGCAUAUUGGUAUCCAUAUUUUCACUCUUGACCCUAAAAGAUGUAGUGGUUACCACCAUGGUAUCACGUCCAUGGAGGCGUCUUGGAUUGCAGCCAAUACUAACAAGGGUCAAUCUUGAAUUUGACCUUGCAAACAUUUUCGGAAUCAACGUUCGAGAUGAUGAUUUCGAAGACGACUUGUAUGCUGAGGACUUCUCAAAACAAGUCUUUGUAAGAUGGGUGAACAAAGUUUUGCAGCUCCACCAUGGCAACAAGGUAGACUCGUUCAAAGUGGAAUUCUUUUUUAACAGAGAAUCCACCACUAUCCUUGACGAAUGGAUUCGUUUUGCAAUUACAAAGGGAGCUCAAGUGCUUGACCUUCAUUUAUAUUCUUGCACGUACUCACUGCCAGAUAUAGAAGAGAGAGAAACUUUUUAUGAUUUCCCUUGCUGGUUGCUUUCAGAGCUGAACCCAUCACCUCUAAAGAAGUUGUCAUUGGCUAGAUGUUUACUAAGACCUCCACCCGACUUUGACAGAUUCAAUCAGCUAACAACUCUUUAUCUGUAUAAAGCUGUGGUAGACAACAUUUCUCUGGCACGUCUCUUAUCUGACUGUUUGCUACUCGAAAGCUUGACCUUAGAUGGUUGCACGGGAGCCACGGAUCUGAUUGUUGGAGGUCCAUCGCUUCGUCUGAAUGAUUUGAGAGUGGUCAAUUGUAGUGAUAUAGAAAGAGUUGAUAUUUUUCUACCAAAGGUUGCUUACUUGGAGCUCGUAGAUGGACGUCCAAAUCUGCAUCUUUCCAUCAAACCUCCACAUCCAGCAAGAAUUUAUUAUGAUCCGUUGGAUUACAAUGACUUAUGGGAUACACUAACCCAAUUUGGAUCUUUUCUUGGGCUUGAGACUCUUGGUAUGAGGGUGGCUACAGGGCGGAUUCCCCAAAACUUGCCAAUGUUUAGAGACCUUAAGAAACUGGACCUGCAUCUGUUUAAUGGGGCUGACCUCGUUGGGCCUCUGAAUCUUCUCAAUGCUGCACCUCGUUUGGAAGAACUUGUAGUAACGUUAUUGGUUGAUAAUUUCUCUGAGAACCAACAACAGACAGAGAGUUUUUCUAGGAUCAAACAUGAUCAUCUGAGAAAAGUUAAGUUGCAGGCAUUUCGAAGCACACCGUGCGAGAUGGAGUUUGCCAUUUCUAUUUUGCAAAUUACAAUAAAGCUCGAGAUCAUGGAAAUCGAUCCGUUUGGAAAAUUGUAUAUGGGUGGUGGAGAGUGGUGGGACGUCCUGGGCUUAAAUGUUGCAUAUCUAUCAAAUUCAUAUUGGGAAGAAAAAGGCAGGUCACUUGUCCAAGAGAAACUAAAGGAAGUAAAGACCGAUGCGCAAAUUAUAAUUCUCUAA